AUGACUCCCUCCGCCGACCACUACCAUCUGCGGCUGUUCUCAACGAUUGAAGUUUCGAAAUUAUCGUUUCCAAAGCAAGAUCUUCUUGGAAAGACCGUGUGCAGCGUUGUCCCAGGGAGGCUAUUAGAUUUCAACCGCAAGACUUUGGAUGACGGUCGCGAGGCUUACUAUGUCUGCGAGCCCACGCUCAGGGCAAACGGAUACUUUCUUCCUGACGAAUCGGCACCGACAUCACCAGAUGACAGCUACAAAGGCAUUUUCUGCCUACCUACAGGGCGGCGCGUUCUCUCCAGGCAUAUCAACUUCGACUUGAUACAGGGCUGGCUCCAGCAAUGUGAUCAUGAUCAUAUCGAGAGUCGGCCCAACCGCAACAUAACCCAUUCUGCUCCGCUACGGUGUAUCGACUGCUUUAGCCGGGAAGUCGUUAGGCUGCCCCCUGGGACCGAUUACGUGGCCCUCAGCUACGUCUGGGGCGGUAUCUCGGCGGCUGGCAUGUUGAAAAGGGAGCAGGGCACGGGGAGGCUUUUCGUACCAGAUGAUGUUCCUCAAGUCAUCGGAGACAGCAUUGUCGUGGUAAAGAGCAUCGGAAAGCGUUAUCUUUGGGUUGAUCAAUGCUGUAUUGACCAACAUGACAACGAGGACAAGAUGGCCCAGAUUCAGAAUAUGGAUAACAUAUACCAGGGUGCCUACCUGACCAUAGUGGCAGCCGCUGGUAAAGACUCCACCUAUGGACUUCCCGGAGUCAGCCGGAGGCCAAGAAGGGAGCAGCUUUAUGUCAAUACCGGCUCUUAUUCCCUGGUCGGAUCCCUUCCUACCGCCCAUGAGGUAAUCCGAAACUCGAUCUGGGCCACGCGGGGAUGGACAUAUCAAGAGACUGUCUUAGCCCGCCGACUUCUGAUAUUCACCGACUACCUAGCACACCUCGUGUGUCCAGCACAGAUAUGGUCCGAAGAUAAAGCUCUUCCCAGACGGCCUACCGAUUUGACCACCGCUAGCAGACUUAGAGACGGGGCUGUUUCUCAUGAACCUGUACCGGUGCUAUCUCAAAUAUUCGAACUCAAAAGGUAUCGACGGGGGGAAGGUGACCUCCGCGAUAUGUUCCGCCAUUUUGAACAAUUUUCAUCAAGGGAUCUAACUUACGAAGGGGAUGCUUUCGACGCCAUCAGAGGCCUACUGUCACGAUGCCCCUUUUAUACGUACUAUGGAGUUUUGCUGCAAAAAUGUGGCGAAUCGCUGGAGGACACUUCACAGCAAUCCAGACACAGAACAACAUCAUUACCAGUGGAAUUCUUUCAAUCCCUUUGGUUCAGCUUUGAGCCUUCGGAGGGAAAUUUUGAGGUACGACGACGACCAGAGUUUCCCAGUUGGUCAUGGCUCGGUUGGAAAGCUCAGAAGGGGACUAGCUACAAUUCCAACAUCAAUCCAAGUCUCAGCAAUCAAGAGAACUCCGACUACAGGCUUGAGCGCAAGGCAAUCUUUUGGGCUGAGGAUCAGAACGGUGCUCACGUACAGCUGAUGGAUCUCUUACCGUCAUCAACAACCCCUUCGGCAUCCUCAUCCGAUAAUAGCACAAGAAUUAUCCCAGAGUUGUCGACGUAUCUAUGGGUGGAGAAUAUGGUGCUCCAACUUCAGUUUCAGGAGAAUCACGAGAAGUGGCCCGAGUAUCCUGAUGAAGGGUAUCUUAGGGUAAAAUUCGAAAACGAUGGCGUGAGGGGCCGGGUAGAUUUGGUUCAUAGGCCUCGGACGCGGGAUGAUCCCGUAUAUCAGAGACUGGUGACAGAGGCUUGGGAUUGUCUUCUUCUUUGCUGCACAUUCUUCGAUAUGAAUUUCCUCGCUGAUGCUUCGGUGGUAAGAAUCGCCUACCUGACCUUCCAGUAUCCGUUCACUCCUGCACGAGGCAAACUUACUUCACGGGUAGGCAUGGACCGUUUCGGUGAACAGAGGGUCCUUGACUUGGGCAGCAACUGGAAGCACACUUACGAGGUCCACAGCUGCCGCCACUGCGCCAGGAUUGUCCUAGAUGAAGCUGAGCUAAAAGCAGGCAAGGGCGUCGGGGGACAGGUUCACUUAGCCGACAAUAUCUCUGAUGCGCUGCUAGCGCGAGAUGAAGGAUGUCCUUUGUUUGGAUAUCUCCUUCCAAACUUGAUGGACAAAGGGCUCUCGCUCGACGUAUUGGACAUUGAUGGCUCCAAGACAGUAUACGGAUUACUUACUGGCAGAGGGCUUACGUUGUCCCAUAAGCUGGGCGGAGAGGAUAGGCUUCCCUCGUUUGGCAACUUGAAGGUAAUUUUCUCAUCGGGAAAACCAAGUGAAUCAUUAGAUUGCGACCCAUGCUCCCCGGAAGCUUUCCGGCUCUCGCGCAACUGGAUCUCGACAUGUCUCUCUUCCCACCCGCGCUGCCGCCUACCGCCAUCAUCAUCUGAAGCACAUGCAUUCACGCCCACCCGGCUCCUCCAAGUCAGCGAACACGGCGUAAAACUUGUGAAGUCCUCUAGCAUGGGUGACGAAGCCCAAACAUGGUGUGCGCUAAGCUACGUCUGGGGCGGCGACCAACCCGUCAAGACCACCCAAAAAAUCAAAGCAGCCCACUACAACGAUAUCUCCUUCGACAAGCUUCCCCGAGCAAUUCAAGACGCUGUUCGGGUGUGUCGGGGCCUGGUCAUUCCCUACCUGUGGGUCGACGCCCUCUGCAUCAUCCAGGACGACGAACAUGACCUCAGAAGGGAACUCGGCAAGAUGCCUAAAAUAUAUCAACACGCUACCGUAACUAUCAGUGCAGCGUGGUCGAGAAAGGCUGAUGAUGGGUUCCUUUACCGUCGCGGACAUAAGUAUCAGCUUUGCCCGCCGGUAAAACUGAAGGUCGUGGAUCGGUCUUGGCAGGGGUCCAUGUCUCAUCACGGAGAAGACGAGGAAGAAAACCAGGAGAAACAAGCAAGGGCGACAGAGGCAUACGCCUAUGAGACCCCAUCCAUGUACCGAGACCCCAUCAGCUCGAGAGCUUGGACGUACCAGGAGCACGCCCUCUCCCCGCGGGUGUUGCUCUACCGCAGCACGCUUCUAGAAUGGAGCUGCAGAACGAUUUCUGACUCCUAUGGCAUGCUUGAGUCGCACAUUCGUGCGCGGAAAGCUGAGCAGCAGUCGUCUCACAAUUCCGACCCGUUCUUCGUGCUAUCAUCGUCCCAGCCGUGGUCCAGUAUCGUGAUACAAUACUCCAAACGUUAUCUUUCCUUUACCUCCGACAAGCUGCGUGCCUUGUCCGCUAUCGCCCAGGUUUACCAUCAAGAAACGGGGAAGAAAUACCUGGCCGGAUUGUGGAAGGAGGACUUCCCGGCGGCGCUUUGCUGGUAUGCGUCGCCGGAGGAGAGUAAUAACGCAGAUAAAGCAUCCAUCGACGACGCCGUGUUUAUGUUUCCCGCCGCCGAUGAGGUCAAGCAGGUUCUCCGACCAGCGCCUGGGGUGAACAUCUUCGGAGCUAAGAUUACCCCGGCUUAUGCUGGCGGGGAGUUCGACUCUGUCGCUUCUGGGUAUCUUGACAUAGAAGGGCCUAUGGGAGAAGUGACAGCCUCGAUGGCGACCCGGCUUAUGCGGGGGAGACCAUCAUCGCCAAGCUUUGUUUCCGGAGAGGGAAAAAUAAAGGUCCCGGUGGGAGGGCAAGGACAUGAAGUGGUGGUGGUACUUGAUACUGCUCCCGAAACAGAAGAAGAAGAAGGAGUCGAGAAAUAUGGGAGCGGUAGAACUGGCGUAUGGCUCCUCGUGUUGACUGAAUUCGUAGGGGUGAUGGAGGAGGAGGUCGAGGAUGGGGCAGAGAAUGCCAAUCAAGUCGGCAACGAAACCAUCGACACCGCAGCGUAUGCUGGGCUGGUGCUUGUGGAGGAUGCCCAGGGGCGACCAGAUACGUUUCGCCGUAUAGGCUUUUUCCAGUGCUGUUAUGCCGCAGGUUUUGGAGAUGAGUAUGAUGAUGGCUGCUCGGAACUCUGGAGAGAGUUUGGAAUCAAAAGGGUAACCAUCGUUUGA